UCCUGCCUCCCGAUAACGUCAAUUGCCCAGCUCUCGCGAGGUCUCCGCGUCCUGCUCGAUCCUUGAGUUGCAUCUGCUCGUGUAGAUGAGUUGAGUCGCGGCUCCCUCGUGGUUGCAAGAUGCACUCGGAUGACGUUGUCUGGGACAUGCUUGGCAACAAACAGUUCUGCUCAUUUAAGAUCAGGACGAAAACCCAGAGUUUUUGCCGGAAUGAAUUUAAUAUCACAGGCUUGUGCAACCGCUCCUCUUGUCCCUUGGCAAACAGCCAGUAUGCUACCAUUAAGGAAGAGAAAGGGCAGUGUUACCUCUACAUGAAAACCAUUGAACGUUCUGCUUUCCCCAAUCGGCUGUGGGAAAGGGUCCGGCUGAGCAAGAACUAUGAGAAAGCGCUGGAGGAAAUUGAUGAGAACCUGAUCUACUGGCCCCGCUUCAUCCGGCACAAAUGCAAGCAGCGCUUUACCAAGAUCACGCAGUACCUGAUCCGAAUCCGCAAGCUGACGCUCAAGAGACAGAGGAAACUCGUUCCAUUAAGUAAAAAGAUUGAAAGGCGCGAGAAGAGGCGAGAGGAAAAAGCUCUGAUUGCUGCUCAGUUGGACAAUGCGAUUGAAAAAGAAUUGCUGGAGAGGCUCAAGCAAGAGACGUAUGGCGAUAUAUAUAACUUCCCCAUCCAUGCCUUCGACAAAGCUCUAGAACAGCAGGAGGCUGAGAGCGAGAGCGACUCGGAUACAGAGAAGAAGGAAGAGGAGGUUGAAGACUUGAACAAGAGGGAAUUUGUGGAGGUGGAUGAGAGUGACCCCAGUGACUUUGAGGACAUGGAUAACCUGGCAACGAGUAGUGAGGAGGAGGAAGAGGAAGUGACAUCCAGCGAGGAGGAAGAGAGAGGCCGUCAGUUCAAGUCUAAAGGCAAAACUCCCUUGAAGGCGUCAGUCAGGAAGAAACGAGCUUAUGUUGAAAUUGAAUACGAGCAGGAGACUGAACCACUGUCUAAAUCGAAAGCAACGUGACUUCUCCCAGUUUUGUGAGUGGGGGUGGAAGGUGCAGAUUUGAGAAAUAUACUGAAUGAGCUCGCCAGUGGGAUGUCUCUUGGCAACGGCUGCCUCGAAAAGACUCAAGAUCAUGCGAGGAAACUUCCAGCCAUGUAAAAGCCCUAGUGAGCUGGGAACCCACCGAGUGUUCCCAUGAGCUCUAAAUUCACCAUUUUGGAAGGUAUAUUUUUAAAUAUUGACAGCUAAAAAGUGAAUCUGUUUUUUUAGGGCCAUGGAACUAAGAUGUCUGGGAUCUUUGUAUAUGACUUCAUUGAUGUGUGCAUUGAAGGGUUUUUUGGGGGGUGGGAUAUAAAAGUGGCACAUAAAUAAGAAUUGGGACAAGCUUGCAA